UUAUCCAUUCGUUUAACCAUAUUUGACGUUGACUGCUGUGCCCCAUCAUUAAAUCGCGUUUUUAUCAAAGCUUCUAUCCCUGAUGUGAAAAAAUACGUUCCUGUUAUUUAUCUAGCAUACAUAAUCCGUUUUCGUUGGGUUGUUCAAAAUUGGCACAAGGCAAAAAUGGCUGCUUCAGCUUUGAGGCUUGGGCAGCAUCUAAAAGAACUGCGCUUUCAUUUAUGCCAGAAGUCACCAGCUAGCAAGGGCGUAAGGGAUUUUGUAGAGAAGUACUAUGUUGAUCUAAAAAGACACAACCCUAAGUUCCCGUUCCUCGUCAGAGAAUGUAGCAACGUCCAGCCCAAGCUAUAUGCUAGAUAUGAAUUCGGCAAGGAGUCCAGCCUACCCCUUACUGACAUGACAGCUGAGCAAGUGUUGAAGGCCGUAGAGACGAUGGCCAAACGAUGAAUGAAUGCUGCAUUGUGUAGACUUUGUGUAAAUAAUAUUGAUAACGAGUUCCAUUCACUAUCAAGGAGUGUAGAAAUAGAUGUUCCUUUGAGAAAUGAGUUCUCUUUCGUGAAUAAAAUCAAGUGAAAGACUUA